AUCUUUCACAUUCUGAGUACCUUUAGCUGCUUCAUAUCUGCUCUUAUCUAGUUUCCUGCUGGCUCUAGCUUGGACACGAUACGUUUUGUGGGGCCGACGCGCCCACUACCACCAUCCCUAUAGCCGCGAAAAGAACGCAUCAUGUACGAACCGUCUUCAAAUCGUCCACGACACGGGACGCUACAUGCCAACAUGACCCGCGCUUCCAUUACGCUCGUCUCCGGGAAGGGAGCGCAUACGAUUGCACCAGCCGAUCACCCUCAACGCUCGAGCUACCCUGCACGUGUGAGUUGUUAUAACAGGAGGACACGCUAAAGGGGUAGGAAGAAUACAAGGGCUAGGGCGGUUCGCUUUCUCUGGCCGUACGCCGUAGUGGGUCUGUUUCUCCCGCAUUCCGUUAGAUGGUUGAAGUAUAUGAGCAAGCCUAGACCAUCACUAUCGCUUUUAAUACCUCCUGACACUCGACCCCUCGACCGCGAAAUCUCCACCAUUAUCGGAACGGAGCAGGCAUACCUAUCUUGGCAUCGCUCCUCCCGCCCUGAGCUAUCCUGCAGACGUCGUCCUGCGCUUGUAUGUACGUG